AUGGGAUACCCGCCUCCACCCCGUCACAUGAGUGACAAAAAAAGGUAUUAUUAUAAUAGUAAUCCUAAUAGAAGAUAUGCUCAUCCAUAUGUAAAUAACAAAUAUUCUAAACCAUUCAAUAACUCAAACACAAUCAAUAAUAAUUCCCUUUAUUCUAAAGAGGAACAUCUACCGAAUUCAAGUACAUCGAUAGGAUAUUCUGGAAGCAAUAUACCUGCGCCAAAUCUAACACGAAAGUUGUCUUCUCAAAAAUUGGAUUCUCCUCAACCUACUUCAUUCAAAACUGAACGUCCUAGGCAAUCUAGAUAUAGUGGAGCAAUAAAAACAACAACAACAACCCCACUCGUUCAAAAUUCCUCUAAUGUAAACACAAGAACACCUAUUUCACGUUAUAAUGCUGAUUCAGAACCAUCUACACAUGGAAGAGAGUUUUCAUUACAUUAUAGAAACAACAAUAGUAACAACAAUAAUAACAACAAUAAUAAUACUAAUAGUGUCACUAAUAGCAAACAACACCAUUAUUCCUCAUAUAAUGAAACAGAUUUGAAAUUUUCUACACCUGGUAAAUCUCGUUUUGAAAGAAAUAAAUAUUCAUCAGCUACUUCUUUGUUCACUUAUAAUAAUAAUAAUAACAGUAGUAGUAAUGCUAAUAGUGGCAAUACUACUAGUAAUAAUGUUUCUAUAAAAAAUUCUUCUAUAAUGAGUCCUAUAGCAGUAUCUAGUCGAUAUAACAACUCAGUCUAUUCAACGCCUAAUACUUCAUCGUAUCAUGCAUAUCCAUCUACUUCAGCUAAUAAUUACAUAGGUAGUAGGUAUCGUCCAAGAUCAGCUGGAUCUUCAGUAAAUAGUAUACCAUUAGCUUCAAGAGACUUUUAUUCUACUACUAAUAAUACUACUAGUAGCAGUGGUCCUACAACCACAACAACCCCUACUAAUAAUUAUACUAAAGACGAGUUUCCUCGUAAUAUUCCAAAAUAUAAUAAAGAUUCUUCCUCAAUUCAUGAUAAUAAAAAUACCCCAAAUUGUCUCAAUGAACCCAGUACUCAAUGGCACGGUACUAGAACUAUAAAUGGAACAAUGUAUCAUUCAAAAUAUUUUCAUGAAGAUAUAUUUACUGCAAAGAGCAAUAUAAGUCAAAGAGGAAGUGAAAAAUUAGGUUUAGAAAGGGACACAAACUCUGCUACUCCACCUUUAAGUAGAUAUAAUCCAAAUGUGGAUUUGUCGGAAGUAUCUAAAAGUAAAGAAAAUCAAAAAACAGAGUCAUUAAAGCAAGAAAAGUCUAAGUCUGAAACCUUUGAUACAAACAGAACUAUUACAAAUGAUUCAAAGCUCAAACAGGAAAGACGUAAUUCUAUUAAUAAGAUCGACCCUCCUAGUUUAAUCCAUUCAGUAGCUCAAACUACAAAAGAAGUCGAGAAACAACUGUCCAUAGAUCAUAAAAGAAUCGAUUUAUCUAGAAGAAAUAGUGAUUUAAAUAUCUCACAUCAACAUUCAUCUAACACGACAGAGAAUGAAAUACAAACAAAGAAUAUAUCUAACAGUGUGACCGAUUUGACUAUAAAAAAUGAAGAAACAAAUGAAAGGCCCCAAUUGAAAACAAUGUGGACAUCAUCAGACUUAAACUUACCUGCUCUUUUGAGUGGACACACAAAAGAAGAUCAGGAUGCAUCUAUAAAUCAAGAAAGUGAUCAAGACAUUUCAGAAGAAAAAACUGUCCAACCACCAUCUGAGACUGAUUAUGAAUACGUUUGCAAUUCCCAAUUAUUAAAGCCUUCUCUUAAAACUUUACAAGAUUAUAUAGAAACGAAAGCACCUCUACCUAAACCAUUAAAACCUCUUCAAGAGUGUAUUUUCCCUAUGAAAGAGACUGAAUUGAAAUUAUGGACGUUGAAAAACCAAACUAGAUCCAAAAUUAUCCAAGACCAAAAAUAUUUACUAAAGAUGCCAAUUUCAAGUCUUAAAGAAUAUCCCUUUAUAACAUCUAACUAUACACGAUACUUAUCCUCAGUUAAACCCAUUUUAGUACAAAUAUUAUUGACUGUGAAAAAGAAAGAGGUAGUUAAAUCACUAAUAAUAAAGAAGAAGGCAAAUGAAUUAAAAAUAAAAUGGGAUGAAGAAAACAAGGAACUUUAUGAAAUUAGUGCUGAAUUAAGAAAAAAAGAGAUAGAAUAUAAGAAAGCUCAAGAAGAAAGGAAUAAAGAACAUGAACAAAAUGACAAAUAUGCAAACCAAUCGACUGAAUUGCCUGAUUUAUCCGAUAUGUCUUCUAAUCGUAGAAGAAACAGAGCAGAUUUUGUUGAUGAUACAGAAAUGGAAAAUGUAUUACUUCAAAUAGAUCCAGAGUAUAAACAUUUUCAGGCAGCUGCAAUUAUUCCUCCUCUACAUUUAAAUCAUAUUAAAAGAAAUGUUGUGCAAUUUCAAAACGUAAAUAAUUUAGUGACUGAUAAAGAUAAAUGGGCUUCCAGAAUACUUUCAGAUAAGGAUGAUAAUUUUACUGAACAUGAACAUAUACUGUUUACUGAAGGUUAUUUAAUGUAUCCUAAAAAAUUUGGUAAAAUAUCUCAUUAUAUGGGAGGACUAAGAACUCCAGAGGAAUGUGUGCUACAUUAUUAUAGAACAAAAAAGAAUGUGAACUAUAAAGAACUAUUGCUACAAAAAAGUAAAAAAAGAAAGGAAAAUAUCGCCAAACGUCGUAAGAAGAAAGAGAAAGAGCUCGAAACUAGGUCACCUAAAAUUACUUCAUCAUCAACUUUUAAUAAGGAGCAAAAUUGUAUUAUACAUGGUAGUGAUGUUGUAUCAGAGGAGACUACAAGUAAUUCUGAACAACCUCUAGAAAGUCCAUCUUCAAAAGAAGAAACGAAAAUGAAGACAGAAGAAUCUAAGGAUGACAAAACAUCUGUUAUUGAUAGUUCUCAGAUUUCUGAAGUUACCAAUAAUGUGAAUGAACAUUCUGCACAACAGGAUAAAGUAUUACUAAAUCCAAUACCAAUAGAUAAUGAUGUUUCUGAACGUAAAAAAUCUCAAAAUAAUGCUGUAAAAAAUAAACCAGAAGAUAUUGGUGAUAAGGAUGUAAUUGCAAUUGCAUCAGCUGCUGUGAAAACUAUUAAAGAAGUUCCUGCAUUAGAGAAAUUUGAUACUUUGGAAGAACCAGAAGACACAACUACUGAAAUUACUUCAGUUAGUUUAGAAAAUAAUGAAUUUCAAAAUAGAAAUAAAAAGCGUACUUAUUCAAAUUCCAUCCUUAACGAAAAAUCUAUUGACUCAAGAGUUGAACAGAUUGAAGGAAACACUACUCAGAUCAUGGAACACAGAAGUAUUUCAAACCCAGGUGUGUCAAAAAAAACAGAAGACACCGUUAGUCUGAAUACAGCAAGAAACUCAGACAUUUCAAUUAAAUCAAAUGAAAAUUUUAGCAAAAAGAAACAUAAGUAUAUGUCAGAUCAUAAGACUAGUUAUUGGAGUGUGAGAGAAGCUCAAAUAUUUCCAGACUUACUAAGAAGAUAUGGUUCUCAAUGGUCAUUAAUAUCUGAGAAUUUGACCACAAAAUCUACCACAAUGGUUAAGAAUUAUUAUCAGAGAAAUGCUGCGCAAAAUGGAUGGAAAACUAUUGUAGAAGAAGCAGAUUUUAGAAAAGAUAGAGAAAAUAAUAAGUCAUUACAACAAACUCAAUUCAUGUUGCAACAAAAUACUACCAAUAACAGUAAUAAUUCAAACAACGUUAAUAACAGUCAUCUUCCGAUCAUAUCCAAUGGUGUACCAACUCAACAGAAACCUGCUAUGCUAUUUUUUGAUAAACAGAGUAAUUCUGCACCAUCAAUUAUUCCACCUAGAAGAUCUUCUGUAUUUUCCGAGUAUAACAAGGAUAUAUUCUCCAACUCUCCACUAGACGAGUUACCAAAGCCAAGAUUACCUUCAAUACUCUUUCCUAACACCAAGCCUUGCCUUACAAAUGAAUCUGGUUCAAUGGCUAGGAAUGAGGGCAUAGGCUCUUUUUACUCACUUAAUUCACAACAAAAUACCCAUAGUUCACCUCAAGAAACAACGAGCACAAAUACAACCACGACAACCCAAUUACCUCGAUUAUCCUCUUCAGUUUUUGAUUUUAUGGGUGGUAACACAGAGAAGCGAGACGAUGUCGUUCUUCCAAAGAGAUAUACUAUGCCAAAUAGUCAAAUAGCCACUACAUUAGAACCUAGUCUAGGUAAGAAUAUCUCUACUCUCAAUAAUAGCAUAUUACAUGGUCAAAGACAUGACAUUGCAUCAAGAGAAAACGAUACAAUUUUAACUACUGAGUCAAGACGCAAUUCUAUUACUGCUUUAUUGAACCCUAUAUCUCAACACACAAGGCGUUAUGGUACAGGGAUCCUAUCUUCUUCUUCUGCUAAUGAAAGUAUGUCACGAACUACCCUAAAUAAUACAAAAACACAACUUCCAUCAAUUCAAAACACCACUGCAAGCCAUCAUAACCAAUCACCAACAAUCACACUACAGCCAAUUAGCAAUCUAGUAGGUUCCAAUAUAUAUUCUACACAACCUACUACUACUGUUCCAUCACUGCAAAAUCAAAUCCCUGACUUUGCUAAUGAUCCACUUGCAGCUCUAGCUGCUGUGGCAUCUGCCCCAGAGACUCUUGCUUCAAUUUUACCUGAAUAUAAGGAAAAAUGA